GUAGAACCUUGGUGACCACACAGCCAACUGCUUAGAGCCAGCCGACCAGGCUCCCUUGUCUGAGACCCUAGAGGAAGCAGGAUGUUUUAUUUUUGCUGUUUUCAGACUACUCAAGUCACAGGCCACAAGAAAAACAACAGAAAAGGCUGUGGCUGUAGCUGUAGUCACAGGGUUUACUCUUACCUUCAACAGCUCUGGCCAUGUACCCGAAAGAAGGCAAACCGCAAAAGCCAGGGUGAGAAUGCAUCUGUCUCAGAAGACCAGAGGGAGCGUUGUAGAGAGUUAAGCAUAAGUGCAGACACAUUGCAAAAGUUGGUGGAGCACUUGGUGCCUUCCCUGCAGGGUGGGGACCCCUUCUUUGUCCCUGCCUUUCUCUCCACAUACAGAAGGUUUGCCACCCCGCUGCAGGUGCUGAAUCUGCUGUGUAAGCGCUAUGAAUACUUUAGCUCUAAUAAUGAAGAGGAUGAACAAGUGAAGAACACCUUCUGUAGCUUCCUGAAAACAUGGAUGGACAAGAACCCUGAGGACUUUUGGGAUCACUCAGACCUGCUCCCUCUAAAAUACCUGAAGACAUUCUUGAGUAUGAACAUGCCAGAUUCAGAUCUCAUUGUCCAUGUCAAUAAGCUCCUGACCCAGUUGCAGAACGAUCAGUACAACAUUCCAUAAGCCAAAGAUGAGGAAGACUUAGAUAUGGGGAGUGACACAUCCUCAUAGCCACAGUUUGAAGGGUAUUAACCAGUAGUGAAAACAGACACUCUGAAGCCAGAACCAACUUGAGCAGCAGAGCUAGAGAGUACAAAAGUCACCAGAAGAUGCUGUGACACAUGUAUAACUGCAGCUAGAUGUAUCAGCAGCAGUCCAGGCAGCAGGCCAGAGAGCAACUGUGACACCUGUGUCUUAGCCUGUCUGUAGAUACAGUGUAUCUUUCAUGUACCGACCCCUUGCUUCAGUGUGUCUACCUACUUAGAGAAUGGCCUUGCCCACCCCCAGGCACUUAUUUGAGUCUACCCCACAUCUGAACUGCAGACAGCUCCUGUUCUCCUGCCCUACAGAAUCUCCCUUGAUUUCACUCCAGCACACUCUUCUGAUCUGUUCAAUGUUGUGUUGGUUUUAAUACUUUGUUUAGGGUUUUCAAUUAUCUAAAACAAAACCAAUCUAAUGAGAGAAAAUGCCUGCAAAUUAUGAAUGUGCUAUUUGAUAAUACAUUAUUUUAUGAUUAUUUAAAUAGCUCUUAUGAACAAAAAAUAAUUAUAAAAUAAAUGUAAGCACAAUGAUUAAUUUUUAUGAUUUAAUUAUAACAGGUAGAAGACCUAGUCAUUGCUCCAAAGAAGAUAUAUACAUGACCAAUAAAGCACAUGAACUAA